AAUAAAGCACACGCCAUUCCAGUAAUGGUCUGUGUUGUGUGGUGUAGGAUCCUUGCUGCUUGGUGGGAACCAGGAUAGAACUUUAAUCCGCUGUUCUCGCAUUGUGCCCCAUUGCCAUGCAUGGUGACCUAAAAAACUAACAGGGAGACCUGAUACUACCCUGUCUCCACAGCUGUCAGGUUUCACUGUGUAACAUUGCCCUUGUUCUAAAACUACCUUUAGUUUUGAAGGGGUGCAUCUGUAAGAGCUGCCUUUUAAAAUCCAGCUUGGAUUUAACAACCUACUUUGUCCAGAAAUGUGCCCUGAUUUGGGGGGGGGAGAUGCAUUUUAAAAUUCCUGCACUUCUAUGGCCUCCGUAACUGGCUCCCGUCCAGUUUCCUGUUUGACAUCAUGUGCUAUUUCACGGCUGCAGCUUUUACAACUGCUCUCAAGUGUAAUCUGAGCUGAAACGGGCCAACUUCAGCAGCUGCCUGUGGAGGAACUCUGUAUGCUGCCAUGUCUCUCUUUUCCUCUCGCGCACUCUUUUGCUACGAAACUUAGAAUUAUCUAAUUGCAUCUAGUCCGUGCAUGGGGUGUGGAGGACAGGAAAGAGAGAUCGGUGGAAAGGGCUGUUGAAUACUUUGUACCAUGCGUGCUUUUUUAAAAUAAGCGGUACUCUUUGCAGCAAACGCUGUGGAUCUUGCAGACAUCCCCCCCCCUCCGCUCGCUCCCUUCCACCAACUGCUUCAAGGCGUGCCGUUUCUGUUCUUCAUUUCUGGGAAUUGGAAACCAUGGACAAGAAACAAGAUCCCAGAAGAUCUUUUGAGUCUCCCAAGCAAGUGAAAGGCAAGAAAAAACGGGAUCUGAAAAUAACAUGUGUCCCCAUCAAGCAACCUGUGGUGAACCCAACGCCUCCAAGGAAUUUGGACUCCAGAACCUUCAUUACGAUUGGAGAUAAAAACUUCGAAGUGGAGGCCGAUGACUUGGUGACCAUUUCAGAGCUGGGUCGUGGGGCCUACGGAGUGGUGGAGAAAGUCCGACACGCGCAGAGUGGCACCAUCAUGGCUGUCAAGAGAAUCCGAGCGACCGUGAACACUCAGGAGCAGAAGAGGCUACUGAUGGACUUGGACAUCUCCAUGAGGACAGUAGACUGCUUCUAUACAGUCACGUUCUACGGAGCCCUCUUCAGAGAGGGCGAUGUGUGGAUCUGCAUGGAGCUGAUGGACACCUCUCUGGAUAAAUUCUACAAGAAGGUGCUAGAGAAGAUGAUGACGAUCCCCGAGGAUAUCCUCGGGAAGAUCGCUGUGUCGAUUGUGCGAGCCCUGGAGCAUUUGCACAGUAAACUCUCAGUGAUUCACAGAGAUGUGAAGCCUUCCAACGUCCUCAUUAAUAAGGAGGGACACGUGAAAAUGUGCGACUUUGGAAUCAGCGGCUACUUGGUGGACUCGGUUGCUAAGACUAUGGAUGCUGGCUGCAAACCCUACAUGGCUCCAGAGAGAAUAAACCCGGAGCUGAACCAGAAGGGGUAUAACGUGAAGUCUGAUGUCUGGAGUCUUGGCAUCACAAUGAUUGAGAUGGCCAUUCUCCGCUUCCCUUACGAGUCCUGGGGCACCCCCUUCCAGCAACUCAAGCAAGUGGUAGAGGAGCCUUCGCCCCAGCUCCCUGCUGAUCGCUUCUCAAAGGAGUUUGUGGACUUCACAGCACAGUGCUUAAGGAAGAAUCCUGCGGAACGAAUGAAUUAUUUAGAACUUAUGGAACAUCCUUUCUUUACCUUGCACAACACCAAAGAGACUGACAUGGCCUCCUUUGUGACAGAGAUCCUUGGGGAAGACUCCUAACUCGCCAGCCUCGCUGCCACGUACAGUCACUUCAAACCAAUGUCCUGGCUUCCCCCCAGAAGAGAAAACGAGGGCUCAUGUUCACGGUGGUUUGCACAAAUUGCCUCUCCCCUGCCCGUGUGCCUCUCCAAGCCAGACGGGCAGGGGUGUGCUCUGGCUUUUAUCACCUGUACACUGAAACUUACACAGCAAGGACCUUUGAAAUCGAUGCAUGGAGUGGCCAGUGCCGUUGCUGACUCAUCCAUGGGAUGGAGUGGGCUCAGGAGAUGACGUCCUGGUUCCAAACAUUCCUCCUCAGUUGCGUCAGGAGAGCCAGAUGCCUGGCAUCUGAGUUGAGGAGUCUGUUCCGUUCAAGGAUGGGGCAGGGGGAGAGUGAAAGUGCCCCCCUCCUGAGCCAUUUUGGCGAAGGGGCCAGAGAAUAUUUGCACUCGCUCCCUCCAUUGUGCGGCAGAGCCAAGAGAUUCUUUUUUGCACUCUCCAGUCUCCUUCUCUGUUCCUCCCAGGCCUGGGGGAGUGUGUCUCCUUCAGCAGUUGGGGGGCCAGGGGAUGCCUCCAUCAGAGUUCAGUCCUGUUCUGCCUUCCCUCAAGGCCUGCCCUCCCCACCAGGUACCAUGGCUGCGGGGAUCCCACGAGACUCUGUCCCAAAAGUGGUCUGAGGAAAUCUCUGCCCAGCUGCAGUUGACUGCUGCUUGUGGAAGAGGGGUGACACCAGGAUCAGACGUGUGUGUCAUUCCAAGGCCACUCGAUGGCUGAGGCACCUCCACCCUUGCCAGAACCCUGUUGGGGCAAACCCACACACAGGUCAGGUCUCCCUAGACUGUUACAGUGACCCCCAAAAGCCUGUUUUAACAAUCCCAGGCCCAUGGCAUUUGGGGGAGGGCUCCAUAUGCUGCCCCUCCCCCCCCCCCCAAAAAAAA